UUAGCUCAGUCUAUGGGCGAUGACGACCAGCAAUUGCCCACCUAUCCAAUUCAGUUAAGAAAGAAAUCAUUCAGGUCUCGUACAAGAAAAAAGUCUGAACUCUACAAUGAAUCAGAAGACAAUUCUUCGACAUCCCAUUCGGUAGCUGGCCAAAAACCCUCUGAGAUGAAGCCAGACACACCAACUUCUAAAAUCAAGAGCACCGAGAAAAAAAUGCGCGCGUUGAGCUUUGAAGAUGACAUUGAAGAAGAUGCAGACACGUUUCAACUACAGAAGCGGGGUUCGAGACUUCAUGGUCGCAAGGGAACGAAAACGACGAAUUUACCCAGCACGUUGGCACUAUCGGAAAACAAGUCUGAAUGCUUUUUUAUGGAGACCACGUCUGUUGAUCUAUACAGCCAUGAGAAUCUGGAAGAACUCAAGAAGGUCAACAGAAGCGUAAUUGUUUUUAAGCCCUUGGUUAUUUCUGAAAAAAAGGUUUUAGAUGAAGAAGAUGCUAUGAUUCGAGAGCUUGAUACCUUGGUACAGCACCAAAGCAUAUCUCAGGUCGACAAAAGAGGGAAUAGUGCUUCGUUUUUCGAUGACCAGCUACAAGAUGGAUUUCAGUCAUUCGAGGAGGUCAGUGACCUAACAACUUUGAACCAAGCCAAAGAUGCUCGUGAGACAUUGCAACGUGAUGGCCCUAUUUCUGCUUUAGAAGAUAUCAAAAUGAACCAUGAGGAAAUGGCACUAAUUCAAGUCGCUAAAGCUAAGCGCGCUCGGAUGCGCUCUAUUGGCCAGACUGGUCGUACAGCUGCUUAUGCAGCGGACGACGAGUCGACAAUUGCCAUUUAUCCGUCUAACUCCCCAAAGGGUCCGCUCAAAAACGACGAGGAGGAAAGCGAAGACAGCGAUGGAGAAAGAGAAGAACGCCACGCUCUUGGCGAAAACUACAAUCCAUAUGGUUUAUCGUUUGGCAUUAAAAGCACUGAGCAAAAGUCCAGUCAGAACCUUUUGAGCCAGGUGCGCAUGCAAUUCGGAGAAUCUGCUAAUUUGAACGAUGAAAUUGAACAAGACGAACAUCUCGAGUGGGAACUAGAAAGACUCCGAAGAAGCGGUGUCGCCAGCAGAUCAAGAAAAUCGACUCACCAAGCCUCUCAUGCAGAUCAUUGGUACGGUGAUGAUUCUUCGCGCCGCCAAGACUCUGACCUCGAAGCCGACAAUCAGGAAUUUUUGGCUUCAACCUAUUCUAACUUCACUUUACCAGAACGCACAGAAGAACCUAAGAGCUUUACUGAAAUGCUUUCUCAACUGCAACUAGAUUUGAGAAGAGGCGAAGAUGCCAUUUCUGCCGACUCCAGGCGUCUUGAUCAAAUACAUGCAUCCCUUGCCACUGCACAUGCUUCUAUCUCUGGAUUUCAAGCAGAGUACGACUUGGUUUCCUCUGAGCAGGUAUACUUUCAAAAACUUCGGAAAUACAUUUUCGAUCUGACCGAUUGUUUGGGUUCAAAGAUGGAAAUUAUUGAAAAGCUGGAACGAGAAGAACUUCAAGCGACUAUCAAAAAAUCGCAACCCACUAUAAAAUACAUUCAAAAAAUGCAACGCCUAGACUAUCAAUACGUAACAAGUACUGAAGAAAAGGACAUUUCACCAAAUUGGAAUUUAAGUAUGAAAGAUCAAAAUCCAUGGGAGCCGGACAAAGAAUGCCUUGACCCAGCUGAGUAUCAAGAAUACCAGCACCUACAAAACCAAGUCCUAUUAAGUGCUAGUCAUGUCUUCGACGAUACACUUGAAGAAUUUGCAAGUUUGGACAGUGUGUUAAGUCGCCUUCAAGAAUGGAAAAAACAUUACUAUUCUUCCUACAAAAAUGCAUAUGUCUCGCUUUCCCUCCGCAAGCUUUUGUCCCCGUAUAUCAGGCUAGAGCUACUGUCUUGGAAACCUUUUUCAGAGGCUGGUAUUCAAGAAAUGAACUGGCUAAAAUGCUGUUUAAAAUAUUGCGAAACAACUCAUCCUUCUUCAAAAUCCCUAGAUACAGACCCCGACAGCUCCCUAAUCCCAGAACUCCUCGAGACCUGUGUUAUUCCAAAGUUACAGCAUGCUGUAUCCUAUGAAUGGAUUGUUAACUCUAUGGAGCACAGUUAUCGUCUGAUCAAAUCGCUUGUUUAUCUCCAAACUUUUUCCCCGGCUCUUCAGCUAGAUACCCUUUUCAAGCAAAUUGUUACCACUCUCCGCUUCUCUGUAAAUAGCCUCCUUGUACCGAGCUCAUAUCAUUUACAAACCCCGGCUCUUACAAAAUUUGGGAAAGCAUCUAUCUACAGAGGACUGCUAUUAGCCAAAGUCUUGCUAUCUUGGACCAACCUUCUUGGAAGAGACGUCAUUGAGGACAUCGUCGGCCAAUCUCUGAUAAAAGAAAAACUGCUUUCUUAUGUUGAGAACGCCAAAUUUGAAUAUACACCUUUAGAAUUAGAGAUACUUGACAUACUGUUUCCAGAAGAAUGGUUCAAGAAAAACAGUCCAACACCUAUCUUCGUACAGCUUUUUGACAUACUGAAAUCCAAAAAAAAGUUAUAGAGAACGAAAAAAUCAGAGGUCAAAAAAAGCACUCAUCUACUAGGAUAACAAUCAGGAUAUUGUGCACCUUGCAUAGGUACAAUCAUGUACUAAGCCCGAUGCGUUGCCAUUUUAGUUAAUUUCACUUUUUGACUCAUUUCUAAUUACAUUGAAUACAUAAAAAAACAAUC